GUCCGUUUCUUGAUAUCCGUUAUUGUUGUCGUUUCUACAGACCGCAGAGCCCAACUGCUCUGCUAUUGUUCCAGCGAUGGCUUCGGGCACAACAGUCAUACCGAAAGUUGAAUCUGAAGACGGAGGGAGUAAGAGGACACCGUGUCCGAUGUACGGCUGCAGGCGGGUGUACACAGAUACAACCUCUCUGGAAAGCCACAUCAAGGACCAUGAGCUCUCAGCUCAGUCUCUUCCAGGAAAGGUCCUGCUGUGCUCCACCGUCGGAUGCAGCGGUUCCUUCCCCAACAUGCAGAAGCUUAUGGAACAUAUGAGGCAUCAUCACAAACCCAACAUAUUCUUCUUGUGUGAGAGCUGUCGCACAAAGCUGCGAUCCUACCGUGGCCUCCUGACUCACCUGCACACCUGCUCCAAAGUGCCACGAAGCAAAGCAAAGCAGACUGAACCGGCGGCCCCGCCGCCUGCUGCUGUGACCAACCCAAAUGUGACCCCCAUGGACGUGGAACAGAAGCCCCCACUGCUGGACUCAAUGACUACACCCCAGCAACCACCCUCUCAAAUCCCGAACCCAGAUGGCUCCCUCCCCGCUGCUGCUCUUCAGCUGGAUUCGGCUGCCCCCCCUGUCCUCGGCCCCCCCUUCUUGCCUAAAACAGAGUUCUCCCCUCAACAGCUUGGUCCUCCACAGCUCACAGAGGUAGCUCCCCUGCCUCAGGUCAUGGCUGAAGCCCCUGCUCUCUCUGCACCUUCAAACCUGGAUGGCCCAGCAGCAGCGGCUCCUGACCCCCCUGAUAUCCAGAGUCAGCAGCACUUGACACAGACCAGGUCUCCUGAACCUGUGCACCCUGCUCCAGCACCAGCUCCUCGUUCUCCUCCUGGGUCCACCGCUGUCUGGAAGAAAAAUCAAGGUUUAUCCUGCAACAGACGUGUCCUUUGGGAGCACACCAGAGGGCGCUACACAUGCGUGCAGUGUGGACACAUAGUGACCAACCGUAAGGACAUGACACAACACAUCAGCACUAAACAUGGCAGUAACAAACCUGCAGAAGACGCAGCGAGCUCAGCCAAGAACAUAUAGUGUAGGACACACUGACUGAAUGAUGCUUUGUAGAAGCAAAUGCUGCCUUUUUGUUUUCCUCAAGGACUCUGCCUCUGUCGAGUGAUGUUUCUAUCAAGGGCUUACAUAUAAUACACCUGUAUACUGAGUGAAAAGCCUGAAGCAGUGAGUUAGAAACUGAUUAUUUGGUAAGGUAUUUGGCAUUUCUACAAAGCACUUAAUGAAUGUGUGUUUGCGUGUGUGUGUCUGGGCACACACACAAUGACUUAUGAUUAAAUUUCAGACUGCUGGGUCACUCGCUGCAACAUGUGUCUGGCUGUAAGAUGCUUUUAACCAGAUAUAAGUGCUGAAAUCAUUGGCUCUGAACACAGUUGCAGAUGCCAGGUGAAGACUCGAUUUAAGUUUCAGAGUCUUACAUGAAUAGAAAUCAAAGCACUUAAUGCUGUUGUCAGUAGACUAGACUACAGGGGUGGUCUAAAACUGGAUGUGCAUAGUAGUGUCGAGUCCAGUUUAUAACAUUUGGGUAUUGAUAUGCUAAAGCCCUUGAUGUUAAUACCUCUUAGACAUGGCAAAAAAUUGUCCUGUAAUUUUGUUUUUUACGCUGUAAAUAGCCACUGCCACACUACAAGUUAGUCUGAUAUAGACGAUUGUGCAUUGUAGAGUGCUGUUAUCAAUGAAAUGGGCACAUAAACAUUUGACACCGAUUGUAUGUAUUGGCUCUGGGCUGAACAGGUGUUGUGUAACUGUUGCUUUACUUGUGUACACUGUGUCUUUGGCUUUUGUACCCUGCCAGUCGAGGAUCAGUCUGGUUUUAUUAUAGACUUUUUGUGUCAACAAAUCCAAUGAAAAGACUCUCAGUUUGAAACCAUUGGUACCUGCUGUAUAUCUUUAAAAACAACUCACACAUAUAGUUUAUUUUCAUAAAGGGAUCAGUAAUUGCCCAAAACAGCUGAUCACUGUAGCUUUUAUCAAACAGAAGGAAAUGGUGUGUUUGUUUGGGACAAUUUUCAGUGGUGGAUUAAUCCAUAUUUGUUGCUCUAGUGAGUAUUUGUGGCAACUGGACAGUGUAUGUGGGAUUUAGUCCAAAGAAACUACAGUUUGUGUGUUCACUGUAAUUAAGGAACAUGAGUGAAAAGAUAAAUCAGGCUUGAAGACACACAAUACACACAAGAUGGGGAUGGGUAUUUUAAGCCAAUGCAGACACAAAGAGUAUAGAAGAUGAUCAAGAGACAGACCCGCCCGCCUCUUUUUCUCGCCCAAACUCGUAUCGAAAUCCAAUGAAAUGGUAAAACUAGGCAGCCCCGAUCAAAUGUAAAACAAGAUUCUGUUACUGAGUUGCCUUUUCCUCUCCUCUCCUUUUCAGAAAUAUGUUUUAGUGUACUGUUUAACUGUAAUACGAGAUUGUUUCUUGCCAUUGUUUCAAACCGACAUGUUUGCAUGACAUCGCCUUCCAGCAUGAGCAUUUGUUGAUCUGGUGUGGCGCAGUGCAUUCUGGAAGUUCUAGGUUUUCUCCCUCUUGAGCAAAAGCGUCUGGUAGUAUGAGUACUUGCAAAAAGAUUUAAUGUUAGAAUAAGAAUGUAAAUGAUUUGAAAUUCAUUUAAUGAACAUUUAGGCUUCAGUUAGCCCAAAAUAUAAAUAAAUUCAAAGCUAACGUUAGAAAUAAAAUAGCAAACUUUAAGUUGCUACAGUUACAUAGGUUAGACGUGGUGCUGGGGAAUCAUCUUCGGAGCCGCUCUCCUUGCAGUUAGUUCAAUGUCUGCCCGGUCAGCACAAGCUAACAAACAGUCCCGACAAAGCAGCUCUACUGUUUGCUAAACCUGUCAGUAUCUGCUAGGUGACGUUAGCUGUGUGAUGCUAACAGUUAGCCCUGUCAUGUGCGAGCAGACCCUCACCGACUUUCCCGUAACCGAGCUCGCACUCUGGCAGCAGUAGGCUCGUCCCCUGGUGUGUCAUGAUAAGCAGAGAGUGAACGUGGGACAAGGAGGCGAUGAGCGAAGCAGUCUAAUUCACACAGCUCUAAAAUUAAAUAUUAGCCAUUUUAAAUAGAAAAAAAUAAGUUAGCUGUUGAACAAAUACUGAUUCCCAGAUUGAGUAUGGUUUGGUCUUUUCAUGGGAUGAGUUGACCAUAAGGAACAUUGAGCCACCAGUGCCAGCCCUUUUCUCUAAGCUGUAUAACUCUCUGAUGCCAUACCUUGCUUGUGUGCCAGAUCCUUUUUCCUUCAAGCGCCUGGAGCAUUUCACCUAAACUCUACACAAACACCUUUACAAGGAAGACAAGGUCAAAAAAAGCUGUUUUUAUUUGGGUCAGUCAGGAUGAGUUGAUACAAGCAUUCGGUCGCUCAGAGCGCCCCAGAGACAUUGGUCAGCUCAGGCUAGCCUCCAUGCCUCUGUACAUCCAUACAUGCUCCUGAACAACCAUCACCUCUGAGUCCUUUCCGUCCUCUUCACUAGCAUUACACGCCCGCCAAGCAGUGAGCUUUAUGAUAAUUAACACAUCAAGACAAUACCACAUGACAAGAGGUCCCACUUGAUCACUAACGUGAAUUAUUAGACAUUACCACAUGCAGACUGAAGUGCUGUUUUCGAACAAAUCCCAUCACGUGGAUGAA